ACAAACACAUGCACACAUAAAUCUACACACCUGCAUGAUUUUUUGUUUUGUUUAUGAAAAAUGUAAUGGCUUUUAGAACUUAAGUUGCUUCCCCGCAGACCAAUACAUUGAAAAUCACAUCUAUUAUUAUUAUUAUUAUUAUUAUUAUUAUUAUUAUUAUUAUUAUUAUUAUUAUUUUGACAACAUCAUCAUCAUCUUUAGCAAGUUCCUCGUAUGUAUUUCCAUGUGUCUCAGUGAGCGCAUGUGCGUAUAUGUGUGUAAAGCGUUUCUUGGUUUAUCAGAUAGGAAGGACGUUAUAAAGCUACUUGUAUCGACCCCUUUCCGGGGGUGGGUUAACGCAUACCAAUCGCCUCCCCGCAAAAUUUCUGUUAAAUAUCUGUUUGUUUUGUUAAGCUUACACAAAAUUAAUUACACUAACUGAUCAUUCCACCUGUACCGGCAAAUUGCAUAUGUGACUCUCCGUUGAUUAUUUAUUACAUUGCUUUGUUUACUUAAUUACUUUUCCCGUUAUCUUUGAUUUUGCAAUUCACAAUUCUUCUUAUUAUUAUUGUAAUUGCUGCUGCUGUUUGAGGUUGCUGUUUCUGUUUGUGUUUUAAUUGUUACUUUUGCUGUCAUUAGUCAGUUAACCGCUGUUCAGUCGGAGAUCUAACUUUAACGGAACUUUCUGCCUUGUUCAUAUUAACAUUAUAUACUUCAGUUCCAUUCUUCACUAAAUUAUUUUUGCACAAUCUUACCCAUUUUGUAAGAGAGAGAGAGAGAGAGAGAGAGAGAGAGAGUGUGAGGGACAAGGAAGAAUGAAGGGAAAAUAUAGAUAUAUAUAUAUAAAUACAUUUAAAACAGCACUAUAAAACCACUUGUUCGAGCGAUAUGUUUUGACAAUAUAUAAAUCUGCAUUGCAUUAUACAUACAUAGAUAAACACACACACGCACACACGCAUACAUACAUAUCCCGCUGUACAUUUCUACAUACAGACAGGCACUCCCCCAAAACAUACACACUCACAGACACACAGACACACAGUCGUAUUCACGCGCGCAUAUACAUAUCUUUAUCACACACGCAGACACAGGUUGGCAUAGAAACAAAAAUACACACACACACACACAUACACACACAUACACACACACGCACACACACACACACACGCACACCUGUCUUUACUGCGUUUACGGAGCCGGAAAAUGUUACGAAACAUGUGUUUCUCUACCUUUUAUUAAAAUUAUUUAAUCCUUGUCAUUUCGUAAGGAUUAUGGGAAAAUGCAAGCGCAAUUAAAGUGAUUUGUGGUGUUUCACAUACGUUAAUCGUACCAGGAUUAUUUCAUUAUUUGAGUGUGGUAGGUUUAACGUACACAUUCUUACGAUUUAUCGAAAUAAAGAUACCAUAUAUCAUACAGAAAAAAGUACGCCUUAACAUACAAGGCAUACAUACAUACGCACAUACUUACACACAUAAAUACAUACAUACAUACAUACAUACACACGUAUAUACAGUAUAUAUAUAUAUAUAUAGUUAAUUGAACAUUAAAACUUAUAUUCUUAGAAGAGUCCUGUCUACGUUGUUAGAGUGCGUGUCUGUGCGUAUAUAUAUACAUAUAUAUAUAUAUAUGUGUGUGUGUGUGUGUGUGUGUGUGGAACAAGUCGCUUUCAUGUUCAUCAAGUAUAAAGAAAGUUUUAUAAUACAUAAUAGUUUAAUGGGUAAAGAAGCUGGUUUACAAUACUGACAAGGAAAAUGAUAAAAACACAUCACGUUAUUAAGAACAGCAAUGAUAUUGGUAGCUGCAACAACAGCAACGUCAACAACAAUAUAUACAAAGAAUAGAAGUGAAUGAUACAUUCAUAAAACACCACAAAAUCAAAAUUACAAUAGCAACAACACCAACCGGAAAACACACCGCCCUCUCUCGAAAGAAUAAUAACAAUCAAGCUAAAGUUUUCCUGCCUAAAAUCACAAUCUCUAUGUUGUGUUGAGCCCUGUGUGGCUAAUAAAAGAAAUGUAAUUAAUUGAGAACAGCAGAUAUAAUAUUAAACAUAGCAACAACAUCAACAACAACAAUAAUAACAUUGUCAAUUGUAAAAUAAUCUGUGAGUGUAAUAUUUACCGCCUAGCUACACAAAUAUUACCUAUACAAAAGCGAUACAAAUUUUUUUUCUUCUUUAACGUUGGAUGAACAUAACUGAUGACAAAACGUUCUGGAUACAACUUGGAGGGUUUUUUUCGUUAUUUUCUUUGAAAAGAGGCCUAAACUGAUGCCACUGGGAAUUACCAUUGGAAAAUAAUUUCAUGUCAGCUAUAUAAUAAUAAGGUAAAUGUCUUCCACCUUGGUUUUGGUAAAGAUAAUAAAGAUAUCAACAAAAAAGUUCAUUGGCCAUAUACACACUUAGAAGGAUGUUGACUUCAAUUUGAAUUAUUAUCGUAUUCUGCCAGACAUCAACAACCACAAGUAACAUAAAGUGAGAAGUAAUAAACAGUGCAAGAAAGUCAACAUCAAUGGAAGAAGAGCUAAAGAUUUGAAGCUAAAUUGUUCUUAUACUGAAUAUAAUCUAAUCAGCUGAUGUUUCAAGAAUACCAAUCGAAGGAAGUGAUCUAAGACAAUAUCUACUGGAUAACAUUCCUUACUUACGAAACUACUGUGGAUGUAAACUGAAUACAACAUAACGUAUGGAUGGAUAUUUAUGCUUCACUGAAAACAAAUGUUAGUGACCGGAGCCCGAUACAGUUAUAUAUAUCUAAACACAUAUAAAUGUAUGUAUUUAGGAAUACAGAAGGAGAACUAGACAUCUACAAACAUCCAUAUUUUGAUGGCAUUGAAAAAAGAAAAUAGUUGAUACUGUUAUAUGAAAGAUCGUGUGAAAACUCGACGAAAGGUUUUAUAGUAAUGUGAAAUGCUCGAUUCUAUUUUGCAAAUUUGCAUUUCCAUUACAGCUAAUACAUAUAUUUCUGUGGAACACAAAAUAAAUUUUGAAGAAAUACAACAUUCUUUAAACUGUUGAGAAAAAAAAAUUAUACUUAAAGUUAGAUAAGCCUUUCCUGGAAUUAAGUUACUGAGCUUCUAAAAAUCAACAUGUUCAUAGCAGUGCCCCAGCUUGAUCGCAGUAAAAUGCUCUAAAUGUAGGAAAUAGUUUGUAAUAUCCGUUUUUGGUGAUUUUAGUAAGCAGCUAACCAAUUACAUGCUUACUGUUUUUAAUUGUUUGUAGAUAUUUUCAUAAAGGUGUGUCGAAUAUUUUUCCCUAAUGUAUUAUAGAAAUAGAUUUUCCUGUAAUUCACUUCUUUGUCUAAAAUUGAUACCAAAUCUAUUUGAACUGAACGAAAAUCAUUGGUCAUCUAUUUACAAUUGACCUAAAUUAAAUAUUUACAUUUACCAUUUUCGUCUAGAUCGAAGGAAUAUUUGAUUUAAAUAUUUAGAACCUGAUCCAGAAUAAAUGUUUGUUAAUUGUUUAGUCCAAAUACAUUUUAAAUAGUUUUAAUCACCUUAAUUUUCCAAGGGAUUGCCUGUGGCUCAAAAUUUGUGGAUCGGUAAGUAAUGUAAAUAGGUAUUAAGAAAAAUUCACUCUAACGGAUAUCAAAUCAUCAGAUAUAUUUGGAAUUAAAUCAAACGGAAUAAAAGACAGUCAUUAUGGAUAUAAUGUACCGUUGUUAGAUGUGCAUAUGACUGCUCAUUUGUUAUUUUCCAAUACAAAACUAUUGAAAUCUAUUUGCCCAAUUACUUACUGCAACGAUACUUUACAAAAUGGAUUUUUACAAAACUUCCUCCGUUCAAACUUUAACCACCAAAAUGGCCACGGUGACAUAUAAUGGAGGAAGUAAACUUCUUGAAAAACUAUUCGCACCGUCCGAUAAUAAAGAACCAGAAACCCCGCCAUCCCCUGAUUUUUUUGAAGGACUUCUUGGUACAGAUCCUGUUGAUAUUUUAUCAGGUGUAGGAGAGUCACCACGAAGGCAUGUGCACGAUGCAAACGGCAUACCCGGAAACCAUGUUUCCACUACAAAUCUUUCCACUUUACAUAACUCUUCUGCCGUUAGCAAUGCUUCAUCAAUGACGACCGAUUCCCUGGUGAUAUACAACGAUAGUAUAUGGUUUUGUGACUGGAAUGACAGUAUCUGCUGGAAUUCUACAUACAACGAGUUGGCAUCCACGGAGGAAGCAGCUUUAAAAUAUUGGAAACUCAUACUCGCACUGUUCCCCCUUUUAACUGUUUUUGGGAAUGUUCUUGUCGUAAUGAGUGUGUGCCGAGAACGUAGUUUAAAAUGUGCGACAAACUACUUUAUAUGUUCACUGGCUUUAGCUGAUCUAUUAGUGGCUGUCACGGUAAUGCCAGGUGCCGUCUAUUAUGAGGUUGUAGAAAAGUGGACGCUAAGCGACCAGCUUUGUGAUGCAUGGGUAGCAAGUGAUGUAAUGUAUUGUACAGCUUCUAUAUUAAACCUUACUGCUAUCAGCGUAGAUAGAUUUAUUGCUGUCACUCAACCCAUAAAGUACUCAAAACACAAGAAUUCUAAACGGGUCUAUAUAAUGAUAAUGCUAGUAUGGCUUAUAUCCAUUGCUAUUGCUGCCCCAAUAGCUUUAGGAGUAAAUUACUCUGACAAACGUAGACAAUUCGUCUGUGCAUUUUUCAACUCAGAUUUUCUUAUAUAUUCCUCCAUGGGCUCAUUCUAUAUACCGUCAAUUGUGAUGAUUUUUCUAUAUUGGAGAAUAUACAGAGUACUAAUGCUCCGCAGUCGAAAAGUUAAAGAAAGAAAAGCUAAGCAAAAACGCGAACGUGAAGCGCUAGCGAAUGUUAUAGAAAAUAAAGCAACAACCAGCAAGUUAGAUGGUGAUGAUCCUAGAUUGAAUAUGAAGUCCAGUGAAUCUUCGAACAACGUUGGCCGAGUUCGGCUGAAAACGGCUAAAGAUGAAGUUCUUGUAAACACAGCAGCAUGUAAUGAUGCUGGCUUAAAUGACGAUGAAUUAUAUGACGAUAAUCUAGAUGAUGACAGUGGUCAAAAAAGUACUCCGAGCAGUGAACUUAAAGGCCAUGUUAUUGAAAAUAGUAAUAUGACCGAAUAUACAGGAUGCAUGAUGCUGAAUGAUGUAAACAACGAGAGGACCUCACUGAAACAAGAUGGCGUCCAAGCUUACUCUUCGCCAUCUAAUGUCGAAAUAGAAACGCAGUUCGAUGUAGCUACAUCAACUACUACUACAACUACUACUACUAAUACUUCUUCUACUGCUGCGGCUGCCGCUGUGGCCGCGGCUGCUGCUGCAGCAGCGGCCGCUGCCAACCCUAUCACUCCUACUGACGUUGCAGCACCGACUCCUCCAAAAAACUUGCUUUCACCACCCAAACAGAAAUUUGCGGGACUCAAUAAACGGGGCGGUUCCGCUAAGAAAAAGUAUGUCUCAAAAUUUAACUUCCACAAGAAAGAGGUUAAAAUAAAGAAGGAGAGCCAAAGUUCAAGGAAUGCCAUGAGGAAAGAAAAAAAAGCCACAAAGACGUUAGCUAUUGUAUUAGGUGUGUUCCUGUUUUGCUGGUGGCCGUUCUUCACAAUUAAUAUCAUCAAUGCUAUAUGUCUACGAAACGAUCUGAAGCAUGUGGCGGCUUGUACACUGGAUCCUAUAUUAUUUGGAGUUUUCACUUGGCUCGGCUAUAUCAACAGCUUCAUUAAUCCAGUUAUUUAUACAAUAUUUAAUCCGGAUUUCAGGAAAUCAUUUCGUAAGAUUUUAACAGAACCCUGUGCUCAUCGAUAAAGAAGAGCGAACAAUUUCGAAACUAAUACUUAUUAAUGCCACAAUACAACAACAACAACAACAACAAUAAUAAUAAUAAUAAUAAUAAUAAUAAUAAUAAUAAUAAUAAUAAUAAUAAUAAUGUUAAUAAUAACUGUAACAGCAACAACAACGAUAGAAAUGAUAAUGGCUAUGAUAAUUCAAACAAGUUAAAAAUAUAAUAGUGAAAAGACAAUCUCACCUCCACUAAAUUGCAUUACUUAAAUGGUGAAAUAAUGAGAAAUCAAGAAAAAAGUUAAAUUUUAAAGAGUCUUAUUUAAGGAAAGAAACCAAUUUUAAUACGAAAGUGAUGAACUGGAUUUUGUGAAGGAACAAUUUUUGAAUGUCUGUUUGAAGGUUAUGAAGAAAUCAAGCAUUUUCACAUAUUCAUCAUUAUGGCUUCCCAAAAUACAAUCAUAAUGAUAAUCAUAAAUAUAAUCUUUAAAACAUUGCAUUAGUAAUACCAAUGAUAAUAAUACCAAUAAUAAUAAUAAUAGAUCAUUAUUAGUAGUGUUAGAUUUAGUAUUGCUAAUAAAACAAACAAAAAACCGCGAUGAAUAAUACGGCAUUCCAAGAAACGUACCGAAUACGACGAUUGAGACAGAAAAACAAACAAAAUAUGUUAGCAGAACAUCUAUAUCCACACUGAAGUUGGAAAUGACAACUUUGAGGGAAUAUUUAGUGCUAUAUGUCAGUAAAUUGGCUUCGUAACUUCUCAGAACUGUAUAAGGAGUGUGGAGUGUUGCCUCAAUGGCGUAUGUCCAAACUACAAUGGGAACAUUAUGAAGAAAAAUAAAGUAUCAGGGCGGAAGUUAAUGCUAUCACUAAAUCCAACGAUGUCCUCAUUUGAUAAUCAA